AUGACCCAGACCGAGUCUUCCUGCCGUUGCAGUGUUCGACUGGUACAACAUGUCUUGGACUGCUUAGGUUUACUACUCAUAAUAGUUCUGCAAGGGAGCAUUUUGGACUAUUAUCUGAUCUUGCAUAAUGGUGGCAACGCAGCAUGGUAUUUUUGGUUUCUAGCAGAUUUUUUGAUUCUUAUUGUUUUCAUGGCUGCUGCUGUAAUAUCAUAUAGGCAUUAUCAAAAGAAAGAAAGACAUCGAAAACCAGACUUAACAGGAAAUAAAUCCUCCUCUAACUUCUUGAAUUCAACAAAGUUGGGAACUUUGCCGCUCAUCUAUAUUGUUUGGUUUUUCUACUCUUCUUUGUUAACUGCUAAAGUUGUUUUAUUAUUUAAGUUGGAUGUUGCUCAGUCAUUAGAUGAAAACUCUGCAUUUGGCCCUCAGUUACUAAAAGUCAUUAUUGCAGCAUCUGCAGUUGUUUUCUUACUUCUUGUUGAGACACAUAAUAAUGCUGAUCCCAAUUCUGAUCACAAGGCAUACAUUUAUUUUUUGAUAACUUCCACUGUAUUUGAAAUAUUUGAUAGCGUUACAUUUCUGGGUAUUCUCUUUCCAAUGGAAUCACAUGUUGUUUCCACUUAUGAAUUGGAAAAUGCGGUUCUUAUUCUUUCUUGCGUGAAUUUCAUUCUACCCACCUUAACAUUGUACAAGCUGAGCUUGUCUGAAUUCGGGAAGCGGCCUCGCUCACUGGGAUUAAUACUUCUCUACAAAGGUCUACACUUAGGAUUAGUCAACAUCCCAUACUUUGUGAUUAGAGUUUAUCUGUGGAGCUUAUAUGAUCAUGAUGUUACAUUGUUUAUUUUGAAGAACAUUUUAGCUGUUAUAGUUACAGCCAGGACAACCAUCCCUGAUGUACGGUUGUGGUUGCACUCCAUUCAAGAAUCUAAGGGGAAAAGACAUGUGUGGUUUGGGAAUACUAUGGAGCUUGGUGCUGUCUAUGAGAUAACAGAUAAUCACAGUGAAGAGUCUGGUAUAGAUGUGACUAAAAAAGAGCAAAUUGUAACCCAACUGUAA